UGUUAUCAAGAUAUUGGAUAUUGGACACUGAAAGCUGAAGUCCGGUUUCUCGAAAGUUGUGAAGCGGUGCGGAACCAGUAUCAUAUCUUAUCCUUGGGGGUACGUUCAUUUAUUUAUUGUUUUCGGUGUCUGUUAGAACAAGGAAGCUCCAUAAAUCUUAGCGUUACACCUCCUUUGUUUGAGAUCAUGAACUGCAUUCUAAUUGAUUUGGCUUUCAACAGAUUAUUUCUAUAAUCUUAAGACUGUGUCCGUAUACUAAGCAAAAGCACAUCAAUUCGUAGUUUUCUUAUUCGGAUCUUAUUAAACAUCUUAGCUUUCUCAGAGUUUUUAGUAACAGUUGAGUGUCUCUUGAGAGAUAGCUUUUCAGAAUCAUUUACCGUUCCAAGUUUUGGACUCAAACAUUUUAAAUUCAGAUAUCACCAUUCGUGUUUGUGUAUGUUUUAUACUUUCACACUGUAAAUUGAUUCAAUAACCUCAAUUCAGUAUUGAAACAUCGGCGAAUCCUUAUUUGGACAAAAGUUUUGUUAUAAAUAAGAUUUUUCACGUACAUUGUAAUGGGUGCGGAUGAAUACUCAGUUUUUGUGCUCCAUGAAGGACGUUACGAAAGGUCUCCUGACUAUGUGUAUAGAAAAUGUAAUGCUUCACUAAUACGAGGUCCAGCAGGUUCCUAUGUGGUAAACCCUGGGUCUGUUUGGAAUGGUCCAGAGUUGUUAUCAUCUCUCAAAGCUGCGGGUGUUCAAGAUCCUGAGAAGGAGAUCAAAGGUGUUAUAUGUACAGAUGGUCAUGCUGAACAUGUUGGUUUUAUGAGUAUAUUCAGUCGUGCCGACAUAAUGAUUGUUGGAUAUGAUAUACAGAUGCGAGGAAACAAGUUCUUGAAGCAUGAUUUUUCCGUCGGGAUAACACCGUAUGAAUUUGAUGAAAAUUUCUUUGUUGUCGGAACUCCUGGGCAGCGAGGUCCACAAGUCAGUGUUAUAGUGAAUGGUCGUCUUAUAGAGUUGAAGACUGGCGAGUGUCGUGAACCAUGUCGUAUUGCUGUUACUGGGAAUUUGUUUAUGGAUGUUCACGAUGCUGCUCGUGUAAGCUUCCUGGACACGCUGGAAGGGAAUCAUGGAGAAAUUAAUAAUGAGAAAGAAAAUAUUAUCAACAGUUGGCGUCAAAGUCGUAUGCUUAUUUUGGAGCAAGCUGAUUGGCUAAUCCCUGCCUACGGUCCUCCUUUCAAGGUUAAACCGGAAUAUUCUCAAACACCGUGUGUUGAACUUGCUUAUUGAUUAUUGAUCUUAUCAAUAUUAUUUGUGAAUAUACCUACAUUAUCAUCGUACAUCUUGAGCAAAAAUAAUAAAAACAAACAUUACGAUAUCAUAAUGCAAAAAACACAGAUUGUGUUAUAUUAUUAUUAUUAUUAUUAUCAUUAUCAAAAUAAGCGUAAUUUCACUUUGAAUGAAAGCACAAAUCUCUCCUUGAUACAAAGAAGAAAAUAAAUAAACACCAUUUUUUUGCAUUGUGUUAUCGUUUCCCCAUUUGUAUUUGUAGCAAGUUGUGUUAUAUAUAUAUAUAAAUGAAUGAAUUAUUUUUAAUUUUACUCUUUUCUCUAAUAUUUUUUGUAUGAAGUUUGCAUUGUCAGUUGAUAACAUUUUUUU